CAUGAAAUAUAUCGUCCACGCAGUGCCCGCUUAGCCGUUGCUCGUUCACGGUGCAUCGAUAAUUUGUUGAGCCACCGCAAUAGUAAGACAACGAUAUCAUAAAAUAGUUCGAUUAGGAUUCGUAUCAAUAAUAAACACGAUACGACCAGAGGCAUCUAUUCUAUUUGUCUAAUCGUUUUUUUUUUCGGCUUAUAAAAUAAUUCCAUUUUGCGGCGUUUUAAUUUACACAUCCGUUGGUAUAGAGCACAUCAUCGACGUUGUCUGAUUAUACCAGACGGCACACAUCGUUCGAACGAGAUCGCGUGUAUGUAAAAUUCGACGUUUGCGGGUUUGCAGAUUAAGGAGUCGAAAACAGAACGUGAAAGAACCGCAAUCCGCCACUGUCUAAUGGAAACGUGGUAUAUUGUUUCUUUCCUUCUGUGUAACAUGUUCUAAAGUGCAGAAACAAAAAAAAAAUCGUUUUAGUGCUCAGUUAUCGGUAUGAGCAUACAAUUACAAGUUAUAUUGAAUAUUGUAUAAUAUAUUGUAGACGAUGAAAUUUUCCAAAAUAUUGUAUGCAUCGUUACUAUAUGUAUCAAUAUUGAAGUAUACAGAAUCACUGCAGACAAAAGAAGUACCAUUUAAAUUUGAAAAUGGAAAAUCGGACAAACAUAUACUUGACCAUCUAUUGAACACCGAUAUUUAUGACAAGCGAUUAUUGCCACCGUCUUAUGGUCCUUCAAUAGUCAAUGUCAGCGUAGUGUUAUUUACAUUGUCAUCCCCCGACGAAUCAAGCUUGAAAUACGACAUUGAAUUUCUGCUGCAACAAGAAUGGUAUGAUUCAAGACUACAGUUUCCCAAUCAGACGGCUUUUAGCGUUCUGAACGGCAUCCACCAUCAGGGCGACAUUUGGCUGCCGGACACGAACUUUCACAUGCACGGCGACUUUAAGCCAACCCAGAGGCCCAUACGAUUCACUCUGAACGUGUACGGUGAUGGCCGAGUAGAGUACACAACCAGGCGUCAUCUGUCGUUGUGUUGUGAAGGAUCAAUGAAUAUAUUCCCAUUUGAUCAACCAUUAUGUACGUUUGCCAUGGAAAGUAUAUCAUAUGAGAAGUCUGAUUUAAAAUAUGUCUGGAAAGACGAUAAUUCAGUUUUAGUAAAAUCAUCUAAUUUGAAAACUUCAAAUGCUUACUUGGAGCGAAAUCGAACUUAUGAAUGUGCUUCUACUGGUAGUUGGAGAGGUAAUUACAGUUGUCUACAAGUGGAAAUGAUAUUUAGUAGAGAUAGAACGUUUUACUUUGCUACUAUUUUCAUACCAGGCUUAAUUUUAGUUACUUCAUCAUUCAUCACAUUUUUCCUUGAAUGGGACGCAGUACCAGCAAGAACAAUUAUUGGCGUUACGACAAUGUUGAAUUACUUUACGACUUCCAACAGCUUCCGUCGGACCUUGCCCGAUGUAGCUAAUUUGACUGCUAUGAAUGUUUGGGACGGAGUCUGUAUGUGCUUUGUAUUUGCCAGUUUUGUAGAAUUCGUAAUAGUAAAUUGUACGGGGAGGAGAAAAGUAAAAUCAAACAUUUCAAGUAACGCGGGAAAUUGCAGUAUUUCAAAGAAGAUUUCCAAGGAAGUUAAAUGUCCAGAAUGCGCCCAAAAUGUAUGCUCACAUUCGCUUCUCAUAGAUGUUCUCCCAAAAACAAACGAAAAGAUCUUGACAAAAUCAACUGAUCCAGUCCAUUUGGCCAAGACGAUCGAUAUGGUGGCCCGGUUCACGUUUCCGUCAGCGUUCGUCAUGUUCUUGGCGUUCUUCUUUUUCUACUAUUCGGUGAAUGCCCACAAUCGUGGUAUAUCCAUUGGCACCGAUUGAAUUAGCUGUCGACCAUUCCUCUAAUGAUCUAAAACGUAUCGUGAAGACCCCCAUCCAUUCCCCAUAUCCCAUCCCAAAUACGACUCAAAAUGGAGGAUUCACUGUCAUGGUCCGUCUUAAUUUAUAUAAGUAAAACAGUGUUUCACCGCAUUUGUCCCGUCAAAAUAUUAUGAUUAAAUUUAAAUUAAUAUAAAAACAGAUCUCGGAAAAUCAUUACCCUCAAGUCUGAAAGUCACGAUUAUUUUAAUUUUUUUCUUUUUAUCUGGUUUACCUAAAUUUUAAAUUAAAACUUGUAUUUUCAAAAUGACCAACUCAUAAAUCUAAGAAGUGUAAAUAUUAUUGUAGAAAUUGAAUUGUUUAUUUCUAUUAAACAGUAUUCAAAUAUUUAA